GCUCGUUGCAAAAUCAAGUGAUUCUUGGAUUAUAAUCGCAAAACAAGAAGAAGAGGAAUGGGAACUCUCUCCUUCUUGGCAUCCAAUUUCGGGUAACUUCUGCCUUCCCCAGAUGGAUAGAAAUGUCCGGCGACUUCUGAACCGCGUGUCGCUGGCCUUCGCCACCAUCGCCACCGUCUCCCUCCUCCACCUCUACUACCACAACUCCCUCUCCUGCGCCCCCUCCGGCGGCGCCGCCUACGGUCGCCACCGCCAGGCCCUCACCCUAACACUCUCCCCUUUCCCCAAGACAUCCUGCGACUUCGCCGCCCGCGACCACAUCACCCCCGAGAAGCGUUUCGCCAAGCUCCGCUCCUCCCGCGCCUGGCGCCGCCGCGUCGACGCCUUCGCCGCCCUCUUCCGCCCCCUCGGCCUCCUCUCCAACGCCUCCCACGUCCUCUGCGUCUCCGCCGGCGCCGGCCACGAGGUCGCUGCCCUCCAGGAGUCCGGCGUUGCCGAAGUCACCGCCGUCGAUCUCGUCGACUUCCCUCCGCUCGUCAGCCGAUCCGACCCCCACAACCUCCCCUUCUUCGACAGCGUCUUCGAUCUCGGCUUCAGCGCCGGCCUCGCCGGGGCGCUCUUCCCGACCCGCUUCGUCACCGAGCUCGAGCGCACCGUCCGCCGUGGCGGCGCCACCGUCCUCGCCGUGGAUCGCUGCUUCCCAAAGGAGGUGGACGAAAUUAGGGCUUUGUUCCGGAGGUCGAGUCUCUUGGAGGCUAUGAGAUAUCAUUCUAAGAAGGUGAGAAGCGUCAGACUGCAAUGCACAAAUAUGCUGCUAUGUGCUCCUUUCUCCCCCCCCCCCCCCCCCCCCCCCCCUCUUUUCCUAGAGAAAGUCAGGCCAAAGUUGCCCAUCAACACUUCAUUGAGCUGAAAUGAGAUACAAUAAGAGUCACAAAAGAUAUCUGAAACAUGCAAUAUCAUUACAUGCAGACGGAAUCAUUAAGUCCAAACUUUAACAAUCUCUUCUAUAAGCAACAUUUCAGUUUUCUCGCAGAGAAUUGAAAUACCUUGGAACAUCAGAAAGAAGAUGUUAUAGUCUGCGAUUAUGCUUUUUUA